AGCCGCGUGUUUGCCCCGGUCCCCGGCUCUUCAGCGGCCUCUGGCAGUGCUGGAUAGGAACCCGCUGAGGCGUAACCGUGCCCGAAGUGUCCCUGCAAGGAGAGUUCCAGAGGAAGCUCUAUAAGGAGUUGCUGAAGAAUUACAAUCCUCUGGAGAGGCCCGUGGCCAAUGAUUCCCAGCCGCUUACUGUCUACUUCACUCUCAGCCUCAUGCAGAUCAUGGAUGUGAAUUCCAGCAUUACAGCUAGGGAGAUGAGACUAAGGACCUAAACAGAAAAGAAACACAAAUAAGGAUGAAAAGAAUCAAGUUUUAACUACCAACAUUUGGUUACAAAUGUAUUGGACAGAUUACUAUUUACAAUGGAACAUGUCUGACUACCCUGGAGUGAAGAAUGUUCGUUUUCCUGAUGGUCAGAUUUGGAAGCCAGAUAUUCUUCUGUACAACAGUGCUGAUGAGCGGUUUGAUGCAACGUUUCAUACCAAUGUUUUGGUCAAUUCUUCAGGACACUGCCAAUACCUGCCCCCAGGCAUAUUCAAGAGCUCAUGCUACAUAGAUGUGCGCUGGUUUCCAUUUGAUGUUCAGAAGUGCAAUCUGAAGUUUGGAUCUUGGACCUAUGGUGGAUGGUCCUUGGAUUUACAAAUGCAAGCAGCAGAUAUAUCGGGGUACAUUUCAAAUGGAGAGUGGGAUCUAGUAGGAGUUCCUGGAAAAAGGAGCGAGAGUUUUUAUGAAUGUUGUAAAGAACCUUACCCAGAUGUGACAUUCACAGUUACUAUGAGACGUAGAACUCUGUAUUAUGGACUCAAUCUUCUCAUUCCUUGUGUGCUGAUAUCAGCACUUGCCCUAUUAGUUUUUCUACUUCCAGCUGACUCAGGAGAGAAAAUCUCACUAGGUAUAACCGUUUUAUUGUCUCUUACUGUCUUUAUGCUACUUGUGGCAGAAAUUAUGCCAGCAACAUCAGAUUCAGUGCCACUAAUAGCUCAGUAUUUUGCCAGCACCAUGAUUAUUGUUGGUCUUUCUGUUGUUGUCACUGUUGUUGUUCUGCAGUAUCACCAUCAUGACCCAGAUGGGGGGAAAAUGCCAAAGUGGACAAGAAUCAUCCUUCUGAACUGGUGUGCCUGGUUCCUGAGAAUGAAGAGACCAGGGGAGGAUAAAGUGCGCCCUGCCUGUCAGCACAAGCAGCGUCGUUGCAGCUUGUCAAGCGUAGAUAUGAACACUGUGAGCGGACAACAAGCCAGCAAUGGGAACAUGCUCUAUCUUGGGUUCCGGGGGCUGGACGGGGUCCAUUGCACUCCUACCACUGAUUCUGGGGUAAUUUGUGGGAGGAUGACCUGCUCGCCAACGGAAGAAGAGACGCUCCUGCACAGUGGACACCCCUCGGAAGGUGACCCAGAUUUGGCGAAGAUAUUGGAGGAGGUCCGCUAUAUUGCAAACCGGUUCAGAGACCAGGAUGAGGAGGAAGCCAUUUGUAAUGAAUGGAAGUUUGCAGCCUCUGUGGUAGACCGUCUAUGCUUGAUGGCCUUUUCUGUCUUCACAAUUAUUUGUACGAUCGGUAUUUUAAUGUCAGCGCCAAACUUUGUAGAGGCUGUGUCUAAAGAUUUUGCUUAAUUCUGCAAAAAUGUCUGUGAUCCUCCAAGGUAUGUUAUGUAGCAAAUAGAGGAGUACAUGUUUUUUAAAAAAGAACAUGUCUUAUCAUGAGUAAACUCUUCCUCAGUGACCCAUUUAAAAACAGUGAAAUGUCUAUAGGGCUCACCCCAGCCUGUGAGAUGCUGAGGGAUCUUAACUCCCACUGAAAUCAGUGUGGAAAUAGGGCAUUCAGUUUGCAGGGUUGAGUCCAUCAUUUUUGAGCUAUUGCUAAAGUAUCUUAUGGACUAAUAAAAAACCACUGGCAUUAGUGGAAGGAUUCCCAUUAAUUGCAAUGGGCUUUGGAUCAGGCUCUUAGCCCAUAAACGAGAAGUGAUAUAAUGGGGGAACAUUCCCACUGGCUGAUGUUGGCAGAAGUAACUAGUGAAUAUGGGAGCCCAAGGUAACACCUGAUUUUUAGAGGGCAGGAACUCAGUGACACUGAAAAUCAGGCUUCUACAAAUGUGUUAAGUUGGGUUCCUAAAAACUAAGACUGCCAGUAUAGACAGUACCAACUUUAAGAUUCAGAGCCUGUUCCCAUUAGCUCCUAAUUUUAACCAUUCAAAAUGUCUGGGCUGAAAUUUCAAAACACAUUUCAAAUGAUUUGUCAAGGAAUUUAAUUUUGGGGCUUUUACCCACUGCCUUUUUCAGCAGAGACAUUCUUUCAACUGCUAAGUUUUGAUGAACUCAUUUUGCAUGAUUGAAGUCUGUCUUUUUUUAAAAGGUAAAUGCAGGAUUCAAGAUCUCAUUUGUUACAGAGAGUCCUGUCUUUUUAUUGAUUACUUUUAAGUAUGGCAAAAAUAACUAUUUCUGUACAAGUUCAAAAAAAUGUCAAAUCUAAAGCAAAAUGAGCCAUUUAAAUAUUCCAAAUUAAUGUUUUGUCUGAUGCAUGCACAGCAUUUUAGAUACAGCAUCGUCUUUCUGCUGACUCUCUAAUACAUAUACUGGAAAGAAAACUGCUUAGCUGUUUUGUUUAAUGCUGAAAAACUCCACUCAUGUACCUGAAGCAGCUCAUGCACGAAGCACCAGAGGUCCCAGGUUUGAUUCCCCUUGUUGGUGUUACGUGAUGUGGCCUGUGGCUCAAAGAAUAUUAACUCAGAGGGAAACCACCUAGUAUAGUACAAGAAGCAAUGGGCAUAAAUUGCAGCAAGGGAGGUUUAGGUUGAACAUUAGGAAAAACUUCCUAAAUAUCAGGAUUAUUAAACACUAGAAUGAAUUACCUAAGCAGGUUGUGGAAUCUCCAUCACUGGAGAUAUUUAAGAGAAAGUUGGAGAGACAUCUAACAGGGAUGAUUUAGACAGUGCUUGGCCCUGCCAUGAGGGCAGGGGACUGGAAUUGAUGAUCUCUUGAGGUCCUUUCCAGUUCUAGUAUUCUAUGACUCUUCUUGCUGUGCAUAAGCUGUAAGUAUUCACCAGGACACUUUCAAUAGGAAUUCAGUUUUGGAAAGUCAUUCUAAAGUUUUAAGUGCAAAAAGUUUUAAAUGCACAAAAUAAUUAGGUGCCAAGCACUUACCAUUUGAGCUUUUAAAAUUCUCCCCGGGCAUGUUAAAAGUUUUCAAGGGAAGUGCUGAGCUGGGAGUUCUAGAGACUGGAUUCCUCUCUCUACAACACAGGUGGUGCCAAUGUGCCUGAACUGUGGAUUGCAGAGAAUGGUGCUCUGUGUAGGCAUCAGAAGCUAGUUCAAUUCUGAGAUAGCCAAGAAGGUUGCAAAUAGAUGCCUUUGUGGUGGAGUUUUUAUUGAAGUGGAUACUGAAUUGAGAACUCAACUACUUCUCAGACACUGAAAGAGCAAUAGGAUAGAAGCCAAUUUUUUAAUGUGACUAUCUUGCUGGAUGAGGACAUAAUUUUCAGUACCAUGUAAUAGAGAUGUGAUACUGUAAACGUGUAAACAGUUAACCUUCAUGGUUAUAUGCAAGCCUCUCCCUUCCCCUGCUGCCUCUGCAGAGGCAGCAGCGUGUGUGGGGGAGGGUUUAACAGGUUUAUCUGAAUAUCUCUUCCAUAUAACAUGAUGGUAGAAAUGUUUUUGUCAGACUACAGUGCUCAAAUGGAAUUUAGAGUGUAAAUAGAAAACAUUUUGUUUUAACACUACAGUUCACUGUUGAAGUAGUUGUGUAGCUAGCUAGAUGGACAGCAGAUUAAAAUUUGACAUCAAGCUCCCAUGUUAGCAGACUGUGUCUACACUUGGAAAAGUGGGACUUAGAGUUCUCCUCUAGGGCAGCUCUGCCAGAAGGUAGUAAUGGUGGAGAACAUAAUAUAGCUAAAUCUCAGGUGUUUUAACCACUGCUGUUUCACACUGUUUAGAAUAGAGCUUGACAACUUGGGGGUAAGAUGCCAGCAUCCUAUCUACAUUACAGCCUCCCUUAUUGCUAACACAGAAAUGCAUCAAAGGUGAGUCCUAAUUUUCUUAGAGACAGCCUAGUAGAUAAAUAUUGCCAUUUUUACAGCGAGAUGACAGCUGCCAGCAGUUAUAACAGUGCAUUUUUAUUUUGUUACAUGAAGAAUCUGCUUAACAUGUUACAUUUUCAGAAUGCUGGGCUGAGCAAAACAGAUAAAAUUUUCUUUCCAAACUAUAGGUAUUAUAUGCAUGUGAGCUAAAAGAUAGUCUGAUCUAAAUGCUGGGGGAUGUACACUUAAAGCCCGAUGAAUCAAGGUGGGAAUUACAUACUAUAUACUGCAUGUGUAUAUAAUAUAUAGAAGAUACACGUUGGUAGUGCUCUUAUGGUCUUACACUAUGGUGAGUGAAUUCUCUUAAAUGGUAGAGCCACAACUGAGUUAUGACUUGUCUGGCAGACAGAGUACAAAGCUCACAUUAGAGCACUGAUAUCAUGUAAAAUAUUAUUGGAUAAUGGACAUUACUUGCUCUGUUUUUAUAUUUACUAUGAAGGUUUUAUAAUAUUUAAAAAAGUAAAUUGUCACGAUGCCAAAAAUCAAUUCCGACCAUCAAAUAAAAAGUUAAUAGUUUUAAAAAAAAGAAUAUUUAAACAAUAUUUAAAAUAGUUAAUUAUUUUGUAUAGGUUUUAACAAUAUUGUGUAAAAAAUUUUUUAAAGGAUUCUUGCAAUUCGUGUUGAGUGUAAGUUGUGGGGGUUUAAUGUCAGAUCACUUGACUGCUUUUAAUUUGUAUGGGAAAAAAUGAAACCAAAGCCCCAAGUUAGUUUCUUUUUGCUACAUUAUUUUUUAAUAAGAAACAAUGUACAACUUGCAUUGGAAAGAGAUGAUGCAUCCAUUAACUAUUGUUUGUUAUACAACUUAAUGCAGCGCCUUUUUGGUCCAGUCAAAUAAAUAUUUUAGAUGAAAAGGUCCUUGAUUGUUUUUUCCUUGUAUUUUGUUGAUCAGUACAUUUACAAACCCAUAUAAUUGAAAUAAAGUUUUUCAGGAUGAUUGCAGAAGUUCAGUGGGAUUUUCCUGACCUCUGUUUCUUCACAUACUGCUUAGCAGACCACUUAAGUGAUGGCCUUCUACACUGGAGUUGCUACAG